UAGAGCACGUGCUUGCUCAAUCUCAUGGGCUUCUUCCACUGCCCCCUCCAUGUGCCCCAAUCACUACAAACCCACUUCCUUUUUUGCUUCCCCUCACCUCCCCCCUUUAAACACACACACACACACACACACACACACACACACACACACACACACAUAUAUAUAUAUAUAUAUAUAUAUAUAUAUAUGCAUAACACAAUAUCACUCCCAUAACAAUCACUACCCAAAGUCCCACAAUGAGCACCCCAACUUCACCCAUUACUCCAUGCACUCGUUCUUGGUCUGUUAGCGAUGAUUCGUUGAGAAGGUACGUGUCAUAUGCGAGCGAGAGCUGCAUACAGGAGCUGUUAACGGCGUCGGACGAGGGUGGGGGAGCUGGCGGGGACGGGUGGAAGGUGUUGGCAUUUGAGAAUGGUGUCGAGAUAUCGAAGCGGUCCUCAGGAUCUCUCCAUGUCUUCAGAAGCCGGUGGCUGCUACGGUCCGUCUCCCCCCAGCAGUUCAUCACUGUCGCCAAUGCCAUCGAUGCUGCAAAGCAAUGGGACCAUGACCUAGUCGAAGCCAAGUACAUAAAGGGCCUAAGUGAUAACCUCAGUAUCAUCCACCUCAAGUUCGGGGACGCGUCGAAACCGCUCUUCAAGAAGAGAGAGUUCAUCGUCUACGAACGGCGUGAGACUAUGGAUGAUGGAACACUGGUAGUUGCUGUAGCUUCUCUACCGAAGGAGAUCGCUGCGGGACUGAUGCCGAAGAAGAGCAAUUCGAUCCGUGGGCUGCUGCUGCAGUCAGGAUGGGUGGUCGAGAAGCUCGACGACGAUUCGUGCAUCGUGACUUACGUUAUUCAGUUAGACCCUGCUGGAUGGUUGCCAAAGUGCUUAGUCAAUCGGCUCAACACGAAGCUGGUUAUGAUCAUUGACAACUUAAAAAAGCUAGCACAAACUUGCCCAACCAAUGAUGCAAUAAUAUGAAAGCACCAUAGAGGGGGAAAAGGAAAAUUUUCAUAUAUAUUGUAUAUGAGUAAAUAAAUAUCUUAUACAUGUUUCAUGAUAAAUAAUAAUAAUGAAAAUAGCCUCCGGAAGCCCUGGCUGCUUCCAUUUUAUAA